UUCGAAUUGUAAGCAGGACGGUCGUGUUCUGGUCUCUUUCAACCCCUCCAGUCCCUCGUCAGAACUUGCAUCACCAAAAUGAGUGUCAUUCUAUGUACUGCGGGCUACGACCAUACUAUUCGGUUCUGGGAGGCCUUGUCUGGAAUCUGCUCGCGCACUAUCCAACACCCAGAUUCUCAGGUAAACCGUCUCUGUAUAACUCCAGACAAGAGAUAUCUCGCUGCAGCUGGCCACAACAAUGUCAAACUAUAUGACAUCAAGUCCACAAACCCCAAUCCUGUCAUGACAUUUGACGGCCAUACAAACAAUAUCACAGGCGUUGCAUUCCAUUGUGAAGGCAAAUGGAUGGUUACCAGCUCCGAAGACGGCACCGUCAAGGUGUGGGACACUCGAACUGGUAGCCUCCAACGCAAUUACGCCCAUAAAGCUCCUGUAAACGAUGUAGUCAUACAUCCGAAUCAAGGCGAGCUUAUCAGUGGUGACCGUGCUGGUAUUGUCCGAGUAUGGGAUCUAGGGGAGAGCGUCUGCACCCACCAGUUGAUUCCCGAGGACGAUGUUGCAGUGCACAGUGUUAGUGUUGCGAGCGAUGGAUCUCUACUUUGUGCUGGAAACAAAAAGGGAAAUGUCUACAUAUGGCGCAUGAUACAAGAUGCUGAACUCACCCGGAUCGUUCCCAUUUGUACCUUCCAAGCUCACAAGGACUACCUCACACGGGUUCUUCUCUCACCUGACGUUAAACACCUCGCAACCUGCUCUGCUGACCACACUGCCAAAGUCUGGAACCUCGACCUUGACUACCCCCCUGCAAAAAUGGCAGUUGCAGCGGCCGCCAUGGCCAAAACCAAGGCUCCAUCUACAGAUGGAAAAGAAGCAUCCCCAUCUCCAGUACCCUCAGAAACCCAAAACAAUGUAGUAGUGCCGAUUGUCAGAGAAAAGGCCGAUAGCAUUCCAUUCAGUUUAAUCAAUGGAACCCCGCCUGUCACCAACGAACCGCAACAAACGUUCCCGGUCCAGCCUGAUGGCCCUCCCAUGGAUCCAAGUACCGGUACGCUUUUCCUGGAAACGACACUUGCAAACCACCAACGAUGGGUCUGGGAUUGCGCCUUUUCUGCCGAUUCAGCUUAUCUGGUGACCGUCUCUAGCGACCAUUACGCACGGCUCUGGGAGCUGGCUUCGGGCCAAAUUAUUCGUCAGUACAGUGGUCAUCACCGCGGAGCAGUCUGCGUGGCACUAAAUGAUUACUCGGAGCCUCGCUAAAUGAUCCUUCUUUAUCGGACCACUGCAAUGGGGCUACAUUUUUUUUUACGAAUGUUUGAUUUUCCACAGUAAUGAGGUUAGCGUGGCGCCAGGGAUCGGGAUGAAUGGGAGGUCCUCAUUGCCUUCUGCCUCGGAGUUUAGGUUGUUUUUCUUCUUCAAGC